AUGCUCUUCGCUCGCCUUUCCCUCGUCUCCCUCCUCGGCCUCGCCGUAACCGCCCUCGCCUCGUCGCCCUCGAACGAGCCCCUCGCGCUCGAGAAGCGCCUCUCGGUCGCAGCAGAGGCGAGCAUCUCGGCCGCACUCCAAGUCUGCGUCGUCAGUGUGCAAGAGCUCGGCGUCGAGCUCGCAGGAGCCCUCGAAGGCGUCAAGACGGGCAACGCCGCCGCCGUCCUUGCGGUCGCCGGCCCGAUCCUGACGGACAUGACUGCCGCCGUCGGACUCGCCGCGCACGCUGUCGUCAAGGUCUCGAAGCGCGACCUGCAGACUCGCAACUUUGACCUCAACACGAUCGGCGCUCUCGUCGCCGACCUCAUCAACGCCGUCCUGGUCGCGCUCAGGCCGCUCGAGGAGCACAUCUCGGCGUCGCCGGCGCUCGGGCCUCUCCUCGCGCCGUUCCUCUUGCCGCUCAACACCCAGCUCGUCCUCCUGCUCAACUCGCUCUUCGCCGUCGUGGUCGGCCUCCUCAACGUCGUCCUCAACCUCGUGCGCAGCACCGUCGUCGUACCGCUCCUGCACUCUCUCGGCCUGGGCCCCGUCCUCUCGAUCCUCACCCUCUGA